GGCAGAACACGUCUAGUGCCCAGCCAUUUCUCCGCCGGCUUGGCAACAUGUAGGUAUGGUAAGGCGGGCAAGGGCGGCACGAGCAGAGGCUCAUGGCUUUGACAACUACAAGUUCUGCUGCAGUUGCUGUUUCCUGUGCAGCUUCUCAUUGUUGGCUUCUAUUGGGCACUCUUCUUUGUCGGAAAGCGACUUUCAGAAACUACAGUUCAAAAUGCAAUGGCUUUCGGGCACUCGGGCGGCACCCGAGCCGCUGCCCAAAGGAAUGGAGACCUCAACUGAAGCGAGAAGCACCUUGGCAACCACUGCGGGGCAAACCACCGCUGUGCAGACCACCACGGCUGUGCAGACCAGUGCGGUGGGGCAGGCCAAAAUGGGCCAGACCACCCCUGCACAGAACUGCUCAACGAUAGCAUUUCUGAGGAUUCAAAAAAACUGCGUCGACUACAUUUGGUCAACAGAUUAUGCAACAGAUGUGUGGGCGACACCGUCAAACGUGUAAACUAGGUUGGGAUCGCUGCAACUUUGGAAAGCAGCGUUGUGCUGUGGAGCUGUACCAGUAUCAUCUAGAGUACAACUAUGCAAGGCAAUUCACCCAAAGUGGGAAAGGCCGCGGAUGCAUCGUGACGAUCCUUCGGGAACCCAUUGAGAGGACAUUGUCGGAGUAUUUUAUGCUUCGGCUGAAGCAUCGGCAGUUCUUGUCGUUCGACCAGUGGGAUGUCCAUGCCAAUGAUCUUUCCGAGAUUGAUCGCAUUCUGAAUAUCGAGGACCUCAGCGAAUCUUUCCAGAAGUAUCUCCAUCAUCCCAGGAACCCGUCUCGAAAUCGACAGACUCUUUACCUAUUAGGCUUCCAGCGUGUGGAAUGCAACAAGACCCGCUGUGGCGGCAAUGCGUGUAUUUGCGAGCCGGAGAAGUCUGGAUAUCCAGCCUUGGCCUACGAUUGGGACAAGAACUUCACGGGUUUGUUGGAGUUGGCCAAAGAGCACUUGAGAUCUUUAGACGCCUUCGGCAUUGUCGACUGCUUCAAGUCUUCGAUCGAAGUGAUGGCUCCCUUGCUGGGCUGGGAUCUCAAGACAGCCCUCGAACUAGCGCAUGAGAAGCAGGACCUUCAUGUUUGGAAGCACACCAUGGAGAAGGCCCGGCAAAUUCGGGCCAGCAGGCGCUUGAGCUUCACAGGGCCUAGCCGCAAUUUCUGGCGAGAGUUCCUGAGCAAAGAUGUUCAGAAGGAGAUCUUGGCAGUGAACAGUUUGGAUCACGAGCUCCUGCAGUUUGCGAAGCAGGAGUUCCAAUCCAGGUAUGGCCAGUCGUGCGAAGAAGUUCCAUAAGCGUGCCAAGAGCA